GGCAGGGCCUCCUCUUUGGCCUAAGGGAGGAAGCAGUGGAGGCCCUCAGUAUGGCUUGAAGGUGAUGAUCAGUAAGUCUGGACCUGUACUUGUUGAAGUUCAAGGUGGAGGAGCUUAUCGCACAAGUGUUCCCAAAAAGGCUCAUCAUCUGCUUGGACAUUCGGGAAAGUUCAGAGGAGCUAUGGACAGGGACAGGGACAGCGGCAGGGUAGAGGACUGAGCCAGUCCUCACAUUCGCGCGCUGCUUGAGUUCCUCCUAGCCCAGCGCGAGCCCGGGCUGUGACGUCAUCCUCCCAGAAUGCACGGCUCCAAUCCAGAGCCCAGGCCAGGCCCGAAGUCCACAAACAUUUCCAAACUUGUCCCAAAAUGUCGCCACGGAGAGGAAAUGGAUCCCGGACGAGCAGCCGGAGAGAGAGACCGUCUGUCUGUAAGGCUGUCGGGCUGUCUCUGUGACUCUUCUGCUCGUACCAUGGUGUCCAGAGCUUUUGCGUGGUGAACACAGGAGCUUCAGGCUCCAGCCAGGCCUUCUGAAGCUCCUCAUCAGUGCUGCUGUUUGGGGUUCGUGUGCAUCUUCUGCACUGAAACCACGUACUGGACACAGGUUUGCUUCAGUAAGACUUGUCAGAUCACUACAAGAACUUCUAUCUAAAAAUCAACUUUUGGUGAAGGUCUCAAUCAACCAGAGAGCGGCAAACUGAUGUUUGACUUCUCAUGAUAAUCACUCACAUCAGCUCAGGCUCUUGGCCAGAGUCCCUGUGCAGCUUCACUCUUUACCAUGUUCCACCAACAGGAUCAUCUGAAAGGGCAACUUCAUGAGAACCUUUCAUCUAGCAGACAGCUUUUCCAAUGCCAGGAUUGUGGGAAACAAUAUAACACCCAGCUUGGCUAUCGACGCCACCUGGUGACCUCCCACAGUGAUGCGUUGAGCCUACCCAGCACAGAGGAGCCCCCCUUUCUGCUGGAGAGCCUGAGUGAACAUAGCGAUAGACCUCCCUCACUAGAGGGCAGCACCAGUGCGCCUGUGAGAGAGAGAAAGUACUCGUGUGAACGAUGCGACCGUCGCUUCUACACGCGUAAGGACGUACGACGCCAUGCUGUGGUGCACACUGGGCGCCGGGACUUCCUCUGCCCACACUGUGCUCAGCGCUUUGGCCGCAGAGACCACUUGACUCGCCACUUAAAGAAGAGCCAUGCUCAAGAGUCCGGGUUGUUGUCACCGUGUACCCCGACCACUCCGGUGGCCACUCUGACCUCUGCCACUCAUCCAGUCAAAGAGGAGCCUGGCCAGGUGGCGUCUGACAUGAGUUCCAUCUCCAAGGAGCCCAUGGAGGUCUUCGUCAGGGAUGUGGGCCCCCCCUAUACCAUUCCCAAUCCUGUUUCUGGGCUGGGUCACUCUCAAAGGCUCAUGCAGGGAUCCCUGCCUUCAAGCAUGGGUGUGGGUCAGCACAUGUCCUCUCAGUCUGCUCACCGCCAACACCACCCCCUACCUCCUCCAGCAGCUUCACAGCAGCAGUCCUACAGCAGCAUGUCCCGGUACCAACAUGGGUCUACCUCAUAUCCUCGCUCUGACAUGGAUAACUUUCUGCUGGACCUCCAGAGUGCCCCCCCGCCACAGCUGUGUGCUGUGAACUCGUCUACCUCUGCCUCCCCUCAUAGGGAGGUUCUGGGUGAGGAGGUGAGUGUUGCUGGUGACCCCCACCUGCUGUCCAGGAGCCCUACUGUCACUACGGAACUGUCCACCAACAUGGACCUCAGCCCCCUGCUGAGCUUUUUGCCUUUUAGCCUGCCACAUUACAGCCCUCACAUGGGGAUGGGGGGGUUGGUGAUGAGCUAUCCACCCACUGCCUCCAGCACCUCUUCUCCAUCAUCUUCUACAGGGCUGUCCACGCAGGCUCCAGGGCCCUUCAGCCUGUUCCAGCCCCCUCAGGCUCAUGUACAACAGGGCCCUGUAGUCCACAGCCAGCUACCUCAAGCCUAUAGUUCAGCUAUGAGCACCUCCAGCACCCUACCUCACUACUACCAGACCUUCCAGCAGUAAGCGGCUUGAGCCUUCAGGCACUUCCACCACGUGCACUUAUGUGAUAUCCAUGAAUUAGAAUGGAAGAAACAGUUUUUGUGAAGCAAAAUGUGUAAACAACAGUUCACCUCAUCAGUAUUACCUCAUUACCCCCUCCCUGUAUGUCUGACGGCAGGUGGGCGGUCCACAGAGAUCCUCUUCCUAGCGCUGCUAGCUACAAGAGCUAAUGGCUGCUCCAGACUGAAAGUCAUCAUCGUCGUUUAGGUCCAGUAAGAACUUUCAGAAGAGGACUGAACGGAUGAUCUCAGCAGCACUUUGUAAAGGAAACACACCUCACACUUAAAAUGGUCUGACUGUAGCCAACCAUGCCUCCUGCAGGGAGGGUGGGGGUGAACGUGUAGCUGCACUUGAAAGAGCCUUCAGAUAAACUGGGAGGAAACGCCACGGAGACACAUUUCCUGUUUCCUGUUAGGUUUAAAUGCA